UCACGUGACGCUCUGCGCUCGCUUCUGUGAACUGUGCAUGAAAUCCGAAGAAGAAACAACCUUUAGCUGCUGAAGCUAGCUGGCUAGCGACCAAGAUGGAGUACCUCCGAGACUGCUUUAUUUUUUUCAGGGGUGUUCUCGUUUUCUAAGAGGAGAACAUGAUACGCGGAUCCGGUAAAAUAUACGGGUGUUGGGACAUCGGGUUGAAAAGACUUCGUUUGUGGAGUUCGACGAGCGCAGAGGAGGCGAUCGGAGUUAGCUAGUUAACAAGCUCUAACGUUAGCUAACUGUCGGCUUGCUCCAGGAGUCUCUUACAUAAAACCAGCAGUCGAUCAUUAGAGCAAAGACGAAGGGCUCUGGGCGUCUGUAGCUGAUCUAUAUCUAAUAUAUCCUCGUCUUCCAUGUAGUGUUAACUAUUUUAAACCCUAAACUUCUCCUUUGUUGAGUUUUUAUAGUAUCUUAACGAUUAGUUCGCACGAAAGGCCAACUUGUAAUUAAGCUUCUUGCUUGCUAGGCACGAAGGACUUUACCCACCGACUCUCGACUAGACAUAAAAUUGCUGUAGAAUCAUUUUUCGUGUCAUCUUAAAAGCCACAUCAUUUGGAAAGUUUCCAUUUGUAGCCGAGAGACUAUAUCAGACCGCCUCCCAUCAUUCGCUGUAAACGGGGGGCGAGAGUAGGCUGCCAAAGCGGAAAGCUUAGUAAAUAACACCGCCCGACAGAGCCGGUGUUUACACGGAAUCCACGUCCCACUAGGUAGCUUUAAGGUGGUAACUUAAGUUUACUUUUUGUGGGACUUUGACACGGACCUACUUUAUCAGGGUGGAGAUUGUAUGACUCGUGAUGAGUCCUGACCUACUUCCAAUGGCCAGCGAUGAUAGUAGGGUACAAUCGGGGGUUUGGUUUGAUAGCAAGACGUAAAUGAUAGUUUGCCUUAAAUUGGGGUAUGAUUUCUGAGCAGCGUGGGGAGUUUGACUCAGUGAACCUCUUUGCCGUUUAAAUAGCUGACUUUCCCUUUGGAAGAAAAAGAUGGACACAGGGGUAAGGUCACACCAGGGCGAGGUGUUCGUCCACCCGCUCUCCAACCCUGGGGCCGCAGGGAUAUUUCCCGAAAUGCUGGAGGUGGCAGAGGAGGCCAACCGGGCUGGGGACUUUAACCUGGCCGUUGAGAUAUACAGCUCCCAGCUCGCAGACCUCCAGCAGCCGGACAGGGGUUUGUGUCUGAGGAAGGCAGACUCUCUGGCCCGCGCCGGUCGGAUUUCCGAGGCGCUUGACUCGUACUGCACAGCGGCCAGCCUGGGCAAACUCCGCCCGGAGGAGCUUCCCCUCCUGGUGGAAACCAUCGCCCGGACUCUUCGCGAGAAAGAGCUGGGCAUCACCCGGACUUUAAACGGACAGGGUAAAAGCAGCGGCGGGGAAGACGGGGUUGAAAGUGACAGAGAGUGUGGAGAGGAUGAAACCCUGGAGUUGUUUUCAUGUCGCCUCUGCAAGUGUCUGCUCCAUGAGCCCACUACAGUGGAGUGCGGACACACUUUCUGCAAACGCUGCUUAGAGGACGACUCUGUCAAAGACUGUAUACACUGCAAACUAAAGUUGAACAAAAAAGAUGGACUGCCAAACGGCCGGAGAUUAAACGUUGUUCUCAGCGGCCUGCUGGAUAAACUGUUUGCAACAGAGAGCAAAGCGAGGAAAUUCUGGAUUGAGGGGGAGGUUUUGUGGAAAAAACAGGACCUUUCAGAUGCCUUGGAGAAGUACAAUGCAGCAGUGGAUCUAGUGCCCUCUUCAGGCAGACUGCUGUGUCAGCGUGCUGAGUUGCACAUGGAGAUGAGGAACUUCAGUCAGGCAGUGCAGGACACCAACAGCCUCUGUAGAUUAAAACCGCUCUGGACAAAGGCUCACUUUCUGAAGGCCACAGCGUUGAGUAAAGCAGGCCGGAACGAUGAGGCCUUGCAGGAAUACUUUGUGUGUGUGGCGCUGAAGCCUGACUGGACCAAAGUUAAACUGGAGGCUCAGAAGAUCCUUAGUGAGCUGUUUUCCUCUGUGUUUGAGAAUGAGGACCUACCAACGCCGCUGCACCCACUGCAGGGGGGGAUGGCCACCCGCCUCAUCAAACCACCGGCCUUGCUCAGGUCUCUGAGGCCGCUCACACAGAGACCUGGCUCCUCCUCACAGGACUCAGAGUUCAAUGUGACUAAAAGCGCUCCAGUAGACGACUCAUCGUCCAGACUGUCUGCUCCGUCUCCUGGACAAUCAGACUGCGCUGCAGGGGAGAGCAACACCAAGACCCUGGCCGGCGUUCUGGCUGCACUGCCAGCACCACCUAGUGGCCUCAAGAGGAAACACAGCGGAGAAGGACCCUCAGCGAUCUUCAACCCUCCCUCUAAACUGCUCAGACCUGACGAGGUGAACAGCUGUCAGACGGCCACGGUGUGUGGAGGGAGGACGGUUCCCGCUGAGCUGUUGGACAGUGGAGACUUGGAGUGUUCACUCUGCAUGAGAUUGUUCUAUGAGCCGGUAGCCACUCCCUGCGGACACACCUUCUGCCUCAGAUGUCUGGAGCGCUGCCUGGACCACAACCCCAACUGCCCUCUGUGCAAGGAGAAUCUGUCAGAGUAUCUGGCCACCAGGGGCUACAACAAGACCCUGCUGAUGGAGGAAGUGCUGCAGCGUUACCUUGGAGAUGAGCUGGCUGAGAGGAAGAAAAUCCAUGAAGAGGAGAUGAAGGAGCUGUCAAACUUGAACCAGGAAGUGCCCAUUUUUGUGUGCACCAUGGCCUUCCCCACCAUCCCCUGCCCGCUGCAUGUGUUUGAGCCACGCUACCGCCUCAUGAUCCGUCGCUCCAUGGAGACGGGCACAAAGCAGUUCGGCAUGUGCAUUGCUGAUGAGCUCAAAGGCUUUGCCGACUACGGCUGCAUGCUGCAGGUGCGAGAUGUGAAGUUCUUUCCUGACGGUCGUUCAGUGGUCGACACCAUUGGUGUGUCACGGUUCAAGGUCCUUAGCCAUGGCCAAAGAGAUGGCUACCACACCGCCAAGAUAGAGUACCUGGAAGACAAGAAGGUGGAGGGGGAGGAGCUGGUGGAGCUUCUGAAGCUGCACGACUCUGUGUACGAGCAGGCAAACAGCUGGUUCACCUCCCUGAAAGACAACAUGAAGAGCCAGAUCCUGAGCCACUUCGGACACCUUCCCAGCAAAGAUCCCGACCCACAGGGCAGUCCCAGUGGUCCGGCCUGGUCCUGGUGGCUUCUUGCUGUCCUUCCAUUGGAGGGUCGAGCCCAGCUCACCAUCCUGGCCAUGACAUCCCUCAAGGACCGCCUCAUUGCCAUCCGCAGGGUCCUCAUCUUCGUCACGCGCAAAAGGCCGCGGUGAUUGCCCAGCCGCUCGGGGAGACAGACCUGAACCGCUUGGAGUUCUAUGCAGUUCAGCAGUUCAUUCGCUCAUUUGUUCAGUCAUUCAUUUGUUAAUUUGAUCACUCAUCGAAUGAUCCAUUCACUCGUUUAUACGUGUGCAUUUUUCAUUUACUGGCCCAUACCUACAUCAGUUCGUUCUCUCAGAUGCUCAUGAAUUCCUUCCUGUGUAGCGCAGCAUUUCUGAGCACACGUGUCAGUUCUGUGGUGAGCGUCAGGUGGGUCGGGUUGCUGGCAUGAGGACAUUCCUGGUUUCACUUCUGUCUGUUCAUCCAGCCAACCCCCACCUGCGUUCUCUCACUGGACGAAUCAGGCUACAAUAUCUGAGCAAGUGACCUCUCACCUCUUGUUCUCUUUUGAGGCAGAGGUAAAAGCAGUAAGCUGUUUAGGUCACUUCUGGGUCAUUUCCCCGACUCUGUUAUGCAGGAAAGAAAAUUUAUCAGAAAAUCAGUGUGAGUGAAAAGGAUCAGGUUCAAGAGGAAAAACCUUUCCUACAUACACUAAGCAGUAUUUCACAUAAGCUGAAACAGAAGUCACCCACUCGAAAAGUCACCUAGUGCAACAUGAACACACCUGUGAUGACUGCAACACACAAAAGUGAAUGUACUGAUGAGGCUGUAGUAUCUGGAUGUUCAUCCCUUUUCUCCCUGCUACAUUUUUGGAAUCCGUUCGGCAAGUUGCACAUGAGGACAGAUUCC